AUGUGUAUGGCAUUCUCUACCAGGCUCCAAGAUCCUGUUGAUCCACCUCCACGCUACCACAAGAACUAUCACAGCGAGCACCCAGUCUCCAGCAGCAGUGCGUAUGCUCAGCAGAGAGACCAAGCACGCACGAACAAAAUCAAUGAAAUGAACGCCGCCAGCAAAGAGGCGCGUGCCAGAAACAAGAGACAAAAGACAUCGUUCGUGUUUCGUAACCACGGUGGUGGAGGGAGUGCACAUCAUCAUCAUCAUCAUGGGGGCAUUGCUGGAGCGGUUGCUGGCGGUGCUGCGUGGGGAGGAGGUGGCGGUUCUGGUGGUUUCUGA